AUGAAGCUUAUUACUAUUGCCACUAUUCUUACUGUUGUUACCGCUGCCUCUGCCGCAUCUGUUGAUGUAGGCCUGGUCAAGAGACAGGGCGACUGCGCUACGAAGGGCGCGAACUGUGGUGGUCCUGGCGAUCGCGGAUGCUGCGCCGGUACGACGUGCCAGAAUACUCGCGCCCCCGUUGGCGGUGUUGGCAUGAUUUGCCAGUAA